CUCCCGACAUCCGACAUCUCAGCUUUUGUUCCUUAAGCUUCGUGAAGCCAGGUCGCAAUCCACACCGGGGCUAGCUGCGCACUUCUAACUUCUCUGCGGCUUGCCGUUGUCAACAUUCCACGCUAUCUCGCAUGUCUUGCGCCGGCCUUAUCAAUUCAUCUAGUUACUACUAGCUGGUCACUGGUCGAUGAUGUCGGAAUCCAGCCUUGUGCCGAGCAGCAUCUACAUCUACGAACCUAACAAGGGGGCGGCCAUUUUCUUUGCAGCCGCAUUCGCCGUGUCGGGGGUACUACACCUAUGGCAGUGCAUUUACUACAAAUGCUUCGGAAUAACCGUCCUGCUGCCGUUCUACUCCGUCCUGCUGGUUGCAGGAUUUGCAGUUCGGGCAUACGGCGCGUUCCACUAUGAUGACGCUCAAGUCUACACGGCUAGUACUCUCCUGAUCUAUCUAGCUCCACCCGUUCUCGAGCUAGCCAACUUCCAGAUCCUCGGGCGCAUCUUCCACUUCGUCCCGUACUUCGCCCUGAUGCACCCUGGCCGCUUGCUCAUCACCUUUGCCAGUCUCUGCGUCAUCGUUGAGCUCCUUACUGCGCUCGGCGUGUCGUAUCUCGCCAACCGUGACAUUGCCGACAAGCUCAUCAACCUAGGCGACACCGUGACAAGAGCGUCUCUCCUGGUCCAGAUCUUUAUUAUAGCCACCUUCUUCCUUAUGGCGGGUAUCUUGCACCGCGCGUGCCAUAUCGGGGGGAUUAACUCUCGGAAAGUCAUACGCCCUUCGGUUAUGGCAUAUCUGAGCAUGCUGCUCAUCCUUGCGAGGACGAUCUACCGCGUUGUUGAACACUUCAGUGUCCCGCCGCCGAUCAAUGGCAACGUCACUGGCUUUGAUACUUCGAGCCUGAGGCCAUCGUUGCGGUACGAGUGGUAUUUCUACGUGUUUGAGGCGACGCCGUUGCUCAUCGCCCUGGUGCUUUGGAACGUUUGGCAUCCGCGUCACUACUUACCUGAGGAUCACAGGACAUAUCUUGCCCAAGACGGCGUUACGCUUUUGAAGGGGCCGGGGUGGAAGGACUCACGCUCAUUAACCCAGACCUUCUUCGAUCCGUUUGCCUCGCUGACAGCCCGUGGUGGUCACAACAAGCCUUUUUGGGAAAAUAAUGGGUAUACUCUGAAAAGGAGAAGGGCCACUGGAAGAGCGUGAUCUUGACGGGGAUGAUUUGUGUCUUUCUACUGCCAUGCAGCUACUGGUAGGGGUCCAUCUAGAGUAUUAUCCACAUCCUCAC